AAUAUAAAAAAUUAUUGAAUUUAUAUAAAUAGUUAUUUUUACAAUGAAUUUAAAUAUUAUUUGAUAUUUUGUAUAAAUAUAUGAUUGGACAAUUUUAUAAAUAUUAUAUCAUUAUUGGUUAAUGGAAAAUGGUAAAUUAUUGUCAAAUGUCAAACUCUAAAAUCGCGGAUUAAUCAGGUUUGGCCACCGGUGAAAGUUUUAUUAUUUUUGUUUGUAUUUUAACGAUGAUAAUGUAUUAAUUUUCUUAGAACUUAUAAUACAAUUAAUACCCAUAAUCUUGUAAUUAAAUUGUCAAAAUAUUUUUUUAACAUUAUAGUCGGCUUUUUUUCUAAGAAAUGCAUUAAUUUACAAAAGUAUAAAUAUAAAGUAAACAACCACAAUGACUUCCCCUCGCAUAGGCCCAAUGCCAAAUUUAGUUCAAAAUAUCAAAUAUACUGGCUCUGAUACCGAAUUCUGCACGGACAUAAAAGGAGAAAAUGUGGUAAUACAUUGUAGCGAAGGUGUUCACAGCCACGGGAGUUCCAAAGUUAAAUUGAUUGAUAGGAUAGAUUACAACUGGGAAUUUCGUUACUACCAUGGACAUUUGGUUGCCGCUCACAUUAACGGAAAAGUGAUUGCUUACGGCAUGAAAGGCAAAGAUGGUGGUAUGGUGAGAGUCACUAAUCAAGAAACCGGACACAGAGCUCUUAUAAAAAACUUGAAAGAUGAUAUCAAAGAUAUCUCGUUUGCUUUUUCCAGGGAGGAAAUUAUUUUAGGAUGUGUCGAUAGUGAAGGAAAUAUAUUAGUUUAUCAAAUUGAUGAUAAACCACUCGCGAUCACUUACACUUUACUCUUACACAUUUAUCCACUUGAAGGAAGUAGACCGAAGACAAGUUACAGGUUGAUAUGGUGCCCGUUUUUGUCUAUAGAUGAGGAGGAUGGUGCUGAUGAUCCAGAGAAAAUGUUUGUCGUUUUAAACAGCACCAAAGUUGAUAUAUUCAAUGUGGCGAUGUUGACUGAAAAAUAUGGUAAAGGUAGUUCUCUUGAUCUUAACGAUAGUUAUGAAGGUUACAUAGAAAUAAAAUACCAGACGGAAGUAGUAGAUGCCGCAUUUUCAUCAGACGGUACUGCAAUUGCUAUAGCAUCCGCUGAUGGAUAUGUGAAAUUUUUCCAGUUAUACAUGUUUGAUGCAGAAAAACAAAAAUGUCUCCAUGAAUGGCGACCUCAUGAUGGUUGUCCGUUGUCUUCAAUUAUUUUCAUCGAUAAUGUUUUAGAAUAUAGUACGGAGUGCUGGAAAUUCACAGUAACCGGUGCAAACAAUAAUUCAGAGAUAAAACUAUGGUCGUGUGAGACUUGGACUUGCCUUCAGACAAUCCACUUCAAAUCGGACCCCAACAGCUUAAUAUCCGGUCUCUACCUCAAUAUAUCCCUCGAUUACACCGGCCAGUACCUCGUCGUAUCAGAUAUAAACAACAGGGUGAUGUACGUCUUACAACUAGACAGAAACGACGAAAAAAAAGUCGUGCACGUCACAACGCUAGCAGAAUUUCUACUUCCGGCUCCGUUCCUCAGUUUCCACAUACUGGAAGCAGCCAGUCGUAACGUUCCUUUCUCUUACGACAACACCAACGACGAUUUAUACGACGAAAGGGACGAUUUCGACGAAGACGUCGAAAGGAAAAGUGUCUGCUUGAAAAUAUUAGUUAUACAACCGAAAAAAUUCCAGGAAUGUAAUAUAUCCUUUUACCCGGAGACCAUGUACCACAACACUUUGAAUAAUCCUUCGGAAAAAGUGGAGGAUAAAGGAAAACUCCCCAAAUUAGACGAUCUACAAGAAUCCGUCUCGCUGUUAAUCCAACAAAAGAGCAAUUCUAACCUCACUCUAAUGACCCCGGAUGAUUUCACCCCGGGAUGUGCCUCCAGACCGAAUAGCGUUCGAAACGAAACUUCGAAUUCUAUGGAGGCUCCUCUGUCCGAAGUGAACGACGUCGUCGUCGAAAAUCUGAUCGAUUUCCAACGACCGCACAAGGAUAAUUUCGCCAGCGGGGGCUCCAGUCCCAGUAGAGAAGUACAAGAAAUAUUAUCGUUGAACAAUUCCAACUACGACAGUCAAGAAUUCUUCGAAAACCUACCCAAAAUGCAGGAAACGGAAAAAGAAACAAAACAAGAUUAUUCCAAACAGAAUAAUAUCAAUUAUCAAGAGAAAUUGAACAACGAUAUUGUAUGGCCAACUAUACCGAUGGUCGAAGAAACCGAAGUCAUCAAAGAUGAAGCGUUAAGGAACGAACUAAGGUUGAGUGUAAACGAAGAAAAAUCCCAGCUACAGCUGUUAGGUUAUAGAAUAAACGCUUUAGAAAAUUUAAUUCGCGAGCAAAACGUACUGAUACAAAAAUUACACGAUGAAAGAUUGGAUAAAGAUGAGUAUAUCAAAGAAAUAGAAUUAACUAUGUCAAAACAACAAUUACAAAUAGCGAAAAUGUUGGAAACCUCCAAUCAACAAUCAAUCAAAACUCUAUCGGAGAAGCUACAACAAAUUAUAACGCACGAAAUUAAAAACGCCGUUUUACCUGUAGUGCAGAAUCAAAUGGAAACUUACAGGCAUCAAAUAGAGAGUCAAUAUACUCAAAAAUUGAAUCACACUGAUAUUUUGCUACGUGACAAUAUAUCUAAAGCUUUUAACAGCAAGACUUUAGCGGAUACUCUGAGUGUAUCUGUGGUAAAUAUCGUAGCUCCUAGUUUAGAAAAAUGUUAUCGUGACAUAAUUUCUUCGUCUUUAAUACCUUCAUGGGAACGUGUGUGCGGACAGAUGUUCCAACAAAUCAACGAGACGUUCACACGUGGCACUAAAGAAUAUACCGCAUCCGUGGAAAGUUAUAUGGAUAAACAGAGGAGAGUACAGGAAAAAGGAAAAGAUCUCAUCGUUCAAAUGCAAACCGUUUCUGAUACCAUGAAAACUAAUGCCGAUAAAUUAACCAGUACUCUUACUUCGGAACUACACAAACAAUUUAAUAUCGUUUUUAAAAGUAUGAAUGAUAAGCUAGUCAACAACAUUCGAGAUGUAAUAAGCGAUCAAGUGAAAGAAGGUUUUAAAAAUCACGCUACAGUUUUCGAAGACAGUGUAAUGAAUGCAGUUAGAUCCAGGGCAGUGACUCCAUCCCCGCAUGUAGACACACAUGCGAUUACGAUGAACCAAAUUCAACAUUUAUUAUUGAGGAAUAAUUACGAUGAUGCUUUCCAACUCGCAUUAAGUGCUGAAAAUUUAAGUUACGUAAUUUACGUAUGCGAAAGGGUGGAUAUCCAAACUUUAUUCGGAGACGAGUGUCUAUUACAACAAAGUUGCCUGUUAGCACUCAUCCAGCAACUGAGCAUGGAACUAAAUAAAAAUACGGAUCUCAAAUUGAGUUACAUCCGUGCCGGUUUCCUCUGCGUUCUACCCGAUUGUCCCACCACGAAAAAUUUCAUACCAAAAGUACUGAAAGAUCUGUUGAAACAGCUCAACAAUUUCUGUCAAUCGAAUCCUCCGAUGAAACAACUGAAAGAAGCUAAACUGAUUAAAAUGGCUGUGGAAAGCAUGUUGGUUAAAUGAGAAACAUUUUUUUAAUUUUGUUAUUAGUCUCUGUAUUUUAAUUUGUGUUUUUAGUGGCGGGUAUAUGGAAUAUUCAAUGAAAUCUUCUCUUUUUCCUUAGAAUUAUUUUGUUAGUUUACAGAUACCCUGGUAUCUACAUUGUUGGCCGUAUUGGUGAUGAAAAUCUACCCCAAACAUAUUAAAGGGUUCGUUCGUUGUGUCCCUUCGGGCAUUCCAGCUUCUUUAAGUUUAUUAAAUACAUAUCGAGCUUGAAAAUCUAUGCAGUUACUCAAUUUUUUCCAUUUUUAUCACUUGAUUGAUCCAUUUUGACAUAUUAGUGGACCUAAUUGUCAAAAUAACUUCAAUUGAUCAUUUUUUUUUGUUAUUUCAUUGAAUCUAUUAUAAUAUUUGUUUUUGUAAUACUUCCAAGCCCAUUUUUAUUCCACCAUGUUCUUUGUACACCUAUAGUACUUCUAUCUUCUUUCUUUUUCAUCGUUUCUUCAUAUUCUAUUGUUCGAUUUCUCUAUUUUGACAUAUUAGUGGAAUCAGAUUGUCAAAAUAAUUUCAAUUUGUGUGAAAGCCUCAAUUUUUCCAUCUUUAUCAUUGUUUCUUUAUUUCCUGUUAUUAUAUUCCUCUAUUAUGAUACAUUAGUUGACUAGAUUGUGGAUACAAGUCACAGUGGAUCUAUUUUUAGUUGUAUUUUCAUUAUUUUUCUUACGAUAACAUUUUCAAAAAUUGUUUUAUCCUGCCAUGUUCUUCAUUCAUCUUCGGAUUCAAUGAAACUUUCAUAUAUUUUCAAUAUCUUCUUUUUUCUUAAAUAAUUUGGUUUUCGUUCACUUUUUUUUGAAAUUACAGCUUCUCGAAGACUUAUUAAGACUUCAUCAAGACAAAUUAUGUUCAAUUUAUGCGAAAGCCUCAAUUUUUCCAUCUUUAUCAUUGUUUCUUUAUUUCCUGUUAUUAUAUUCCUCUAUUAUGAUACAUUAGUUGACUAGAUUGUGGAUACAAGUCACAGUGGAUCUAUUUUUAGUUGUAUUUUCAUUAUUUUUCUUACGAUAACAUUUUCAAAAAUUGUUUUAUCCUGCCAUGUUCUUCAUUCAUCUUUGGAUUCAAUGAAACUUUCAUAUAUUUUCAAUAUCUUCUUUUUUCUUAAAUAAUUUGGUUUUCGUUCACUUUUUUUUUGAAAUUACAGCUUCUCGAAGACUUAUUAAGACAAAUUAUCUUCAAUCUGUAAAUACAAGUUUGUAUUAUUUUUUAUACGAUACUAUUUUCAAUCCUUUUAUCAUCCUGCUAUGUUCUUCAUUCUUCUUUCGGUCAAGAAAACUCUUCCUAUUACUUGAAUAAUUUUGUAAAAUGUCCUUUUUUUGUAAUUAUAGCUUCUCGAAGACGGAUUAUCUUCAAUUUGGGUAAACUACUUUUUUUCUUUUAUUUAUUUGAUUGUUUCUUCAUUUUCUACUACUCAAAGUUCAUCUUCACGUUCUUGUAUAUAUUUUAAUACUCAAAUAUUUUGGUUUUAGUUUUCUUUUGUACCUAUAAAUUAGUUGGGGAAAAUUUUAAUGAAAAAUCUUUUCAUAUUCUGAUAUUUUGAAUAUUUGCAGUUUUAUUUAAGAGAAAAAUAUGUUCCAUAUACACUCUACGACCUUUGUAAUUAGUUUUUAAGAUCAGUAAUUGUUUUAUCAAUUUUUUUUCUCUCAAAAAGUGUAUUACAUGUUUAUUUUUUUUACAUUUCUUUUUAAUUUGAAUGUUUCCUGUUAAAGACUGUGUUAUCAUGAAAAAAGUUGAUAAGGAAAAUAUUUUUUACAAUAAAAGAUUUAAAUAAAAAAAAAUCUCCAACA